UGAAAUUACUUAUUCAUAAAUUGGUAUAGUUUGUGGGAAUUAUGAGAAGUAGAGGGGAAUAUUUGAAAUAAUGUAAAAAUAAAGGGGCGGUUGAUAUUGUAUUAAAAAAAAUGGACGCAGCACAACAACCACCACCACCACCAACCAUACCGCAUAAGAUUACCCUAAUUUUCUCCCUCUCAACUCUCCGCAAAUUGCUUAGAUAAACUGAUCAAUCUACUUCUGAUUUUCCAAUUCCAUAGAUUUUUUGUUUUCAGUUUGCGUUUUGCGAAGCUUAAAAACUCGUCUCCUUCCUAAUUUUGAGGUAUUUUUGACCCAAUCUUAGUAACACCCUGAUUUUGGUUUUUUCAAAUCUGUUUGCGUUCUUUCUUCUUCUUUUCCUCCUCCAUCUAUCUGAAAAUUUUGGAAUCUGUUUUUCUGAGGAAUUACUAGAAAAGCCAAUUUUUAUUGCAAUCAAAUUCGGAUUCUUUCUUAUUUUGUUUCUGCAGAUUUCCCAUCGAUUUAGGGGCCUAGCUUAACUUUUUCAGGUCUGUUUGUGGGGGUGAUUGAAUUGGGUUUUCGGAAGGUUUUGGGACAUCCCUAUUUUCCAAUUUAGCAUUUUUGUGAUAUUUGAGAAUUUAGUGAUCAUUCGGAAGUCAUUAUAUAAGGUCGGAUUUUGGGUACUAGUUUCUGAUCAAAAUUCAGGGAAAUAGUUUUAUGGCAUUUGAAUGCCGACAGGAAACGGAAAUCGGUUUAAAGAACUGCUCAAAAGAAUGCUUGGAUAAACUUGGAAAAUCAGAACUCCUCUCCAAUCAAGUUGUUUUUGUGAAGAACGGAAAUACUGAAUCUUUGGGGAUUGAGAAGCAGCUGUCUGUAUCGAAAUCAAAUUCCAAAAUCGGGUUAAGUUUCUCUGAAGCUUUGCCCAACCAGCAUUGGUCAUUUUCUGAUCUACCUCCAGCAUUGAUAUCUGAAAUUUUUAAUUACCUAGACCCAAAAGGACUUGGUAUUGUGUCUUGUGUCAAUACAUCUUUGUGUAGGCUUGCAUCUGAGCACCGUGUGUGGAAGGACUUCUACUAUGAGAGGUGGGGGCAUCCGGCAACUGCAGCCAAUUUGGGGCCAGGAGGUUCGGAUGAGAACUCAUGGAGGAAAUUGUUUGUGGAGAGGGAAUUCCGGAGCAAGACAUUUAUGGGACGUUACAGCAUCGACACUCUGUAUGGCCACACGGAAGCUGUGAGGACAGUCUUUGUGUUAGUUUCUAAAAAGCUGGUCUUCACAUCGGGAUAUGAUCAGGUGGUGAGAAUGUGGGACCUGGAAGAAGGUUUGUCAAUCACAUCAUCUCGACCUCUUGGUUGCACCAUUCGAGCUGUUGCUGCUGAUACAAGACUUUUGGUUGCUGGGGGUACUGAUGGUUUUAUACAUGGUUGGAAGGUUGAGAAUGGGAACCCUCACUUGUUUGACCUUAGGGCAUCUAACAAUCAGAAUAUGGAGUUCCGAGUUUGGGGACACGAGGGGCCUAUAACUUGUCUUGCUUUGGAUUUUGGGAAAAUGUAUAGUGGUUCCUGGGACAUGACUGUGCGUGUUUGGGAUCGUUCUUCUCUGAAAUGUUUGAAUAUCUUGGUGCAUAAUGACUGGGUUUGGAGCCUCGUUCCUCAUGAUACUACAAUUGGAAGCACUGCAGGUUCAAAUGUUUACAUUUGGGACACUACUUCUGGAAGCCCACUUGCCAUCAUUAAUAGUGCUCAUGAUGGUCAUGCGUAUGCCUUGGCACGAAGCCACUCAGGGAAGCUUCUGUUUACUGGAGGGGAGGAUGGCUCUAUACACAUGUUUGAGGUCACUAGGAAUGUUAACUACACUACUCGAAGGAUUGCAACUUGGAUUCCUCACAUUGGGUCUGUUUAUUCUCUUGCAUUUGAGUUCCCUUGGUUGGUUUCAGCUUCCAGUGAUGGGAAAAUAUCGCUUAUUGAUGUGAGGAAGUUGUUGAAGACCAGCAAAGUUUCAUCUACUGGAAAAUUUUCUAAGGGUAGCAACUGGGACCAAAAGAAUGUGGAACCUCCACAGAGAAUGCUACACGGAUUCGGAUGCAAUUUAUUCUCUGUGGGUGUUGGUUCUGAUAGAAUUGCCUGUGGUGGUGAAGAUGGUGUUGUCCGGAUCUGGAAUUUUUCGCAAGCUCUUGAGAUUGAACAAAGAAUCCAGAGUUUGAGAGGUAUACGGCUCGAAAAUCGGAUGAGGCGUCGUAAGCUUCAAAUUGAGAUGAGUAGUGGUAAAGUGAAUCCAGGCGAGCAGUGUUCAGCAGCUGCAAAGAAAAACCAGAUGAAUAGUGAUAAGAAUGGCUGGCAUAACAAGCGUAGAGUAGGUGGGAAGGUGAAAGUGUAGUUUCUGGUUGUUAUUAUUUCCUUAUCAUCUUAGUUCUAAUUGGCUAGGUAUGUACGAAGGAAUAGUUUGAUUAGCAGCUUUUGUAGUUUUCAAGUUGUUUACUGAAUGUUUAGCCUUCAGAAAUUCUCUUUUGAAUUUGAUUAUUCCUCUUGACAACUAUAUACACGUAUGUCUAUACAUAUUUCCUUCUUGUUUUCCUUUUA